AUGUUAUUGUAUUAUAAUAUUGUCUGCCUCUCCCAUCCGAGGCAAUUCCGUUGGCUGCACUGUGGUGAGUACGUGAAACGAUCUCACUCCGGUCGGACAGGUGACAAUAUAUCAUAUUCAACAGGCCAACAGUCUCGAGAUGUUAAUGGCAUGACUGGAACUCAAGUCACAAUGUCCACCACGCAGCCCACGCUGACACUCAGCGAACUCCAAAAGGGUGAACUUGUGUGGUUUGACCCAGGUGUUGGUCAUGUCUUACCAGGAGAAGUUUUGGAGUACCACAAGCCUGCGCAAGUACUCACUGUGCAAGCUGUUAUUGCGGGGAAAACACAAAUUUUCUCACUUACAAGUUCCAACGGUGUUAACCGGCGACAAGAUCUUGGUCAAAAUGGUAUUGAAGACAUGAUACAACUUACGGACUUGAACGAGGCUUCGUUAUUGUGGAAUUUGAAAAUUCGAUACGACAAAGAACUUAUAUAUACGUAUACUGGAAGCAUAUUAGUGGCAGUGAACCCUUACAAAAUGUACGACAUGUAUGGGUUAGACAUGGUGAAAAAAUACGAGGGCCAAAUUUUAGGAACAUUACCACCUCAUUUGUUCGCAGUUGGUUCCGCAGCUUACGGAAUGCUUCCUCGAGGAAAUCAAGUCGUCGUCAUUUCUGGCGAAUCUGGUUCUGGUAAAACGGAAUCCACUAAGCUUAUUAUGCAGUAUUUAGCAGCUGUUAAUAAAUCGCCAUCCAAUCUCAUUACUGAACAAAUUUUAGAAGCGUCCCCAUUACUGGAAAGUUUUGGUAACGCCAAAACUGUGCGUAAUGACAAUUCAUCCCGGUUUGGAAAGUUUUUAGAAGUCCAUUUCAAACAAGGAGUUAUAUUGGGCGCUAAAGUUACAGAAUAUCUACUAGAAAAAUCUCGAAUAGUAACACAAGCUCCAGAAGAACGAAAUUAUCAUGUGUUUUAUGAACUAUUGGCGGGUCUCGCUGACGAGGAGAAACUUAAAUACGGUUUGCUAUCGGCUGACAAGUAUUUUUAUUUAAAUCAAGGUGGAAAUUGUGAAAUUGAUGGGAAAUAUGAUGGAGAAGAUUUUCAAUCACUUAUGUCUGCGAUGCAAGUUCUUGGAUUCACAUCGGAAGAACAAGACACAAUAUUUCGAAUACUCGCUUCAGUUCUACACUUGGGAAAUGUUUAUUUCCAUCGUAAACAGCUAAAACACGGACAAGAAGGCGUUGAAAUUGGUUCUGAUGCAGAAAUCAGAUGGACAGGGCAUUUGCUCCGAUUGGAUGUGGAUGGUAUCAAAGAAGCAUUAACGACCAAAACCACAGAAGCUCGUAAUGAACGUGUGUUGACAGCACUAAAUAUUGAUCAAGCAUUGGACGCUAGAGAUGCAUUUGCUAAGGCAUUAUACAGUUCACUUUUUACGUGGCUCGUGGCAAGGAUUAAUCACAUUGUGUACAAGGGAACUAAAAAGACAACGGCUAUAUCGAUUUUAGAUAUAUUUGGUUUUGAAGAUUUCAAGGAAAACAGUUUCGAACAAUUGUGUAUUAACUACGCCAACGAAAAUUUACAAGUGUACUUCAAUAAACAUAUAUUCAAACUAGAACAACAGGAGUACGCCAAGGAAAAAAUCCAAUGGCAAAACAUUGCAUACAAUGACAAUUUGCCAGUGAUUCAGUUGUUAUCGAAAAAACCUGUCGGCAUAUUGCAUCUUCUAGACGACGAGUCUAAUUUCCCACGCGCCACCGAUGUAUCGUUUUUAGAAAAGUGCCAUUACAACCACGCGUUGAACGAAUUAUACUCUAGGCCCAGAUUAAAUGGUCCAGAGUUUGGUGUUCGCCAUUAUGCCGGGCCGGUGUGGUACAACGUCGACGGGUUUCUAGACAAGAAUCGCGACACGUUAAGGCCCGAUGUCGUGCAAUUAUUAAUAUCAAGCUCUUUACCCAUGUUGAGUAAAAUGUUCAGCUCUUUACGGAAUAAUUUUGAAGCUUCAAAAACGUUAAACAAGGCCAACGGCAGAUUCGUUACCAUGAAGCCAAGAACGCCGACUGUCGCGGCCAGGUUUCAUGAUUCACUACAACAGCUCCUGGAGUCCAUAUCUGGGUGCCAUCCAUGGUUCGUGCGUUGCAUCAAACCAAACUGUGAGAAGGUAUCGAUGAAAUUCGAUAUGCCCACGGUAUUGGAACAACUUCGAUAUUCGGGAAUGUUGGAAACGAUACGGAUCCGUAAACUGGGAUAUCCAGUGCGUAUGAAGUUCAGUGAAUUCGUAGACAGAUAUCGCGUUUUGGUACGAAAACGAAAACUUCCGCCGAAAGGCACUCCAAACAGAGAAAUCUGUCAAGCAAUAUUGGAAAAACACUCGGACGAAUAUCAGUUGGGCACAAGUCGGGUGUUUCUUCGGGAAAGCCUAGAACGGCACUUAGAACGAGAAAGAGCUGCCAUUCUGAACACGGCGGCGAUCACACUCCAGCGGAACGUCCGGGGAUUCCUUGCCCGGACCAGGUACACUGCAAAAAGGCAGAGCGCUAUCAAGUUGCAAGCGUCCGUGCGCGGAUGGAUACAGAGGAAGAGAUACGAGACUUUUAAAAGUGGCGUGAUUAAAGCGCAAGCUACUUUCAGAGGUAGACAGCAGCGAAAACGAUACAACCAACUGAAGGAGGAAAUGAAACGAAAAGCUAACUUGGCAAAAGAGAGGGUGAGAGCGAAGGCCCAAAAGGAAGAACAAGAAAGAAAUGCUAGACCACAAGCAGUACCAAGUCUCAAUACGUUAGAUAUCCCAGCAGAACUCGCGUUAAUAUUUAAUAAAAUCGAAGAAUGGCAGCCAUUACACAAUAAAAGGCAGUUGGUAAAAGUUGUCGGUCCAAUUGUUGAAAUUCAAGAACAAUAUGCUCUACCAAAUGAUAUUGAUCAACAUGCAUUUUCGAAGUUCACAAAUAUUUAUUUCAAAUCACAUGUUUGGGGAAUGAAAAAAGAACCCAUAAAAACUCCAUUCCUCCACAAAAGUAAAGAUUCCGAUUACAUGGAUUCGAUUGCGAUUUUCAAAUUAAUACUAAGAUUCAUGAACGAUGUGUCAUUAUCUCCCAAAAGAGAACAGGCGCUUGCAGACUACAUCAUUCACAAAGGGUUGGCCAACGAACGGCUGAGGGAUGAAAUUCUGUGUCAAUUGGUGAACCAAACAUGGCGCAACGACGUCGAAGCAAAUAACGAAAGAUGCUGGCUGCUGAUGGCCAGCUGUCUGUCGGCGUUCCCUCCAACCGGACCGCUGUACAAAUACUUGUUGAAGUACGUUUCCGAUCACGGUUACGACGGCUACAAAAGCGUGUGCCAGAGAAAGCUGCUGUCAGGGCACACUUGCACGCCGCCUGCCCGGUCUUCGGCUCCAUGUCUACUGGAGUGGCGAGCUAACCGGAAGCGUUUCAACACGGCGCUGGAAUUCGCGAUGCCCGACGGCGAGACGAUGACCGCCGGCGUCGAAUCAUGGACGCGGUGUCAUUCGGUUGCAUCCGCGCUGCUGGCCGAGAGGGGCAUCGCCGAGUGCAGCGGAUGGACUGUGGCGCUGGACAACGACCAGAGAAACGGGUUCGAUUACGUGUUUGACUCCAUAUCCGAAGUGGAAACGCCGCCUGGAUAUCCGGUCGGCAGACAGCCUCCCCACUCACCGCAACCGUCGUCGCCGAUGACGCCCGUUUCGAAGGUGGAACCCGUGUCCGUGAACCGUAGACCGACCGUGCCGCCACCCCAACCACCAGUGGUGAAACCGCAAAAAGUAAGAUCAGUAUCUCGAGAUCACAGCGCAGAAAACGGUCUUUCACGGCAGUCUGCUUUAAAUGACAGAUACUUUGAGAAGACUAGUCGAUCCAGAAGUCUCGACAAUUUAAUAACACCGGUACCGCAAACCGCAAUUGCUCCGAAAAAACUAGACUCAUUGGGCCUAUCGCAUAGCAAGCUGAACGAGCGAUACAUGUCAAUGGAGCGUAUACAAGAAACCGAAAAAGACACAGACAGUGAGGAUGAAAACGAUGACGACGACGACGGGGACGAUGAUGACGACGAUGAUGAUGACGACAUUGCCAAGUCUGUCGAUGACGAUAAUUUAGAGUCUGUCAGCCAAAGGGGUGAAACGAGAAACUAUAACGGUGCAUCAUCAGACGUGAUGUCCCAUAGUCAAAUAGAUUUUGACUAUCCAGAUAUAAAUGCUAGAAGCGAAGACGACAAAGGCUCAUACAUGAAGGGCCAUCCCAGAUUCAUCAAAUCACAGUAUGCGGGCAAACGUGGUUCGCAUUCUAUUAAAUCGCAAAUGGAUAACAAACAUUCUGACAAGUCUGAGGCGAGAAGUUGUGCCAUGUCUGAUACGAGCGAAGCCCCGUCUUUGGCUUCGCACGUCAGACGGGUACGCGUGCCGUCGCAGGCGUCGGACGUGGAUCAAUUCCUCGACGAUUUGUUCAAUCCAGUUCUGGACCAUAUGUCUGACGCCAGAUCGCUAGCCGCGUCCAUCAAAGGUUCAUCGAAGAGCAAGUCCGUGGAAGACUGCGAGUCUUUGGACUCUCGGGACUUUGUCAAGAGGAUAAAGGGCGGUGGAGGACGGUCGACAGGAACUAGCCGGGCGUCGAGGUCCAAUGAGAGUCCGUCACAAGACGGGGAAUUCGAUCCGUCGUCGUUGGACAUUUCGAUGUUCGCCAGAACCGUGAAGGGUGGCGGUCGGGGCGUCGCUUCCCAGCAACAGAAUGGUUCCGGACAGCCCGGAAACGCUUCUUUCGGCAUGUCGCCACUGAUCGGCUCUCCACCGGUGUUGCCCACCAUCCUUUCGCAGCCAUCGUUACUCAUGCCCCCCAUGAACUCACAGAACAUGUUCAACACUCCGAACGGCGGUCUCGGAGUACCGGCAAACACCUCCAACAACACCAGCAACGGGUCGUCGGGUGACAGCAUGCUCGCGUACCAGACGAACCUGCACCAGGCGUUCUUGCAAUCCGCCAUGGCGCAAAACAUCCAAAUCCAACAGCAAAUACUCGCGCAGAACCAGGCCCUCCACCAGUUGCUCCAACAGCAACAGCUUUUGCCACCGGUCGGUCCUGAAAAUACAUCAGGAGUUUGGAACAAUUCACCUCCUAAACAUAAGUCUACGCCCACUAAUAAAUCUCAAGGACUCCGCUCAGGAUCGCCACAUUCAACGUUUACAAAUGUUUUGAGUGAGUUAAAGAGCAGAAAAUCAUCCAUGGACUCUAACGUUGGAAAGAGUUCUGUACCUCCGCCGCCUCCCAUGCCACCGCCACCAGACUUAUGCGAUCCUAGCGAGGUAAGGCCGUUCAUGGAUCCGUAUGGCCGAGCGAAAACAGUGCGCAUUGGUAAAUGGAGAUGGCCACCACCAAGCGAUGGCACUAGCAAUGGAGUGCCUGGUGACAUGAACGGUUUUCCGUCACACCAAAGUUUUUUGCAAUUUAAAAUGUCCAAACAACAACAAAUCCAAAGACACAAGCAAUCACAAGAUUCGAGUCAAGACGGAGAACUGAACGGAGUCGAAUGGGAGGAGUACGAGAUACAACAGUCCGAAGCAAUGAAACAACCGUCACCUAAAGAGCAAACAGAAGUCCACAAAUCAUCGUAUAAAUCAUUGGAAGUUGGUGCCUUGAGACCUAGUCCGGGCAGCGUGGGCAAACUAAGGAUCAGCAAUGAAAUGAAGCACAAAUUGGAAAUGGUCACAGCAAACCACAGUCUGCGAUCGACGACCAGCAAACCCAGACCGCAAGCCAUGAAUAACAUGCCGACGCCUUUACCAACAACCGGAAAACUAGACACCGAUAGACGACUAUUGUUGCAGCAACAACUAGCCGGGAGAUGGGGUAGCGUGGACAGUGUCGAUUCUCAGAGCGUGGUAAAAGAGGACGCAUCUGACGUGCAGCCGAACCACAUGAUACGCAAUCAAGUGGAACGUAUCGAGAGCUCCGGAUGGCGGUUGCCACCACCGCCAAUCACUCCAUCUAGAUCCAACAGCUUUUACAAUCAAAACAUGAAAAAGAACAGCAUCAGUCCUCCGGCUCCCAUACAGCCCGUGACUCGCGAAUAUGACCAGAACAAUAUGUUCCGAAAUGCGGUACCAAACAACUACACCGCUGAACCACAGCACGAGGUCGAAAAAGUCCCAGAGUUCAACGGUCGUCCCGAAGCUAGAAUACAGUCGCCGACUCAAAACGAAGACGGACAGUCCACGAAGCUGCUGCAAACGCCGGCCAACUCCUAUUUCACGUAUAACCGUGUGCCGUGGAAGUUAAACAUCCGGAAGGAAGUUUUUACUCCCAAAGAAUCGAUGUCCAGUCCGUUGGUGCUGCAUUUGAUAUUCUGUCAAAUAGUAGGCGAUAUGUUUAACAAAUUCCAUUCGGUCCACGCCAGAAUAUCCGCCGACGAACGCGAAGAGAUGUUAGACUUAUUGGAUCGUUUUGGAGUAACGGCUAGCAACAUGCAAACAGGUCACCACAAAGCCAGCACCAAACGUUCUAUCGUCGAGCUGGCUCGUCAGUGGCCAUUGUAUUUUUCACGCAUAUUUCCAGUCUCGUGUGGUUACCAGCACAGAGAUGUCGAAUAUUUAGCCAUUGCUCACGCGGGUCUUCAUUUAUUGCGCAAAGAAGAAAACCAAUUUCAAAUCAUGCAAACACUGACGUUUGAAGACAUUGCCGAUGUCUCGAUGGGCAAAGCUGGAGGCUCUGUACAGCUCACUAUAAUGUCAGGUGAAACAAUACCGUUCCAUUCAAAUAGAUCCAGGCAAAUACACUCAAUGAUGAGCUCAUUCUGGAAGGACGCGGCACCACUUGGUCGACUUCCCCGUCAAGUGGAUGAAAAGAUCCGUACUGCUGAACACAAGGGGUGGCAACAAACAAACACGAAGUAUUCCAAACCAACUUCGCCGUAUAAACAACAUGAAUCACCACCACCUAUUCACUUUGCUGCAGAUGACGGUAAACAUUCGUUACUUCAAUUCGCAAUGUAUAAUUUCAGACAUAGUUCCGAGAAGUUUGACAUGCUGAAAUCUGCGAAUGGUGAAAUAAACGGUUCGUUGAAAGUCAUACAAAACUCCAAAAAGAAGAGUGACGAUUGGACGUGGAAAGAACAACUGGAGAUGGUAAAAUACACAAACGUUCCGAUACCAGAAUCGCUGUUAAAGUUAGACCCAGAGUUAGACGCACUGGCCAUCGAAUGUUUCGAGUGCGUUAUGAGGUACAUGGGCGAUUUGCCUACAACGCCUGAGUUUACAGAAGUCAAAUGCGUUUACACCAUUCUCAUGCAUUGCCAUAAAUUCGAAAGCUUGAGAGACGAAGUCUACUGUCAGCUAAUGAAGCAAACGACCAACAACAAAACGGAGACGUGCCAACGGGGAUGGCGUUUGCUCAGCAUCGUUGCGGCGUAUUUCACGUGCUCCGAAAACUUGAGACCUUUCUUACUCAAGUAUUUGGAAACGGCUGCUUACGACAAGAGGAGAGCUUUCCAUGGUACCGCGAACGUAUGCCUGCAGAACUUAAGGAAGACGUUGAGAUACGGUGGCCGGAAAAACGUGCCCAGUGUUGAGGAGGUGACUGCCGUGUCGGCCGGUCGUAAUUCCAAGAGACAGAUGUACCGGUUACCGGGUGGCAGCGAGACCGUGGUCAACACGAAGUCCACAACCGUGGUAGCCGACGUCAUCGCCGGCAUGUGUUCCCUGAUCAACGUCAACGACCCCUUGGAAAUGGAGGAAUUCUCGUUGUACUGUAUCGUCGAGGGCGAUGCGUUCACGAUGCCAUUGGCCGCGGACGAGUACAUACUGGAUGUGACUACUGAGCUUCACAAAAACCAACAGGUGUUUUACUUGAUAUUCUGCCGGUCCGUUUGGUAUUUCCCGCUGCGACUGGACAGUCAACUGUACGUCCAGGUUCUGUUCAACCAAAUCGCACCAGACUACUUGGAAGGCCUACUUUUGGUUUUGCCCUUUGGUCAGUUACCACAAGAUUUAUUGUACGAAGUGUGCAGAAUAGCUGCUCUGCUACAUCGAGCAGCUGACAUGGUUCAGCCACCGACGUUAAAGGAAACGAAAUUCCUUUUGCCCAAACCAGCACUCAUGCAAAAUGAAGUGAAUCCUCAGCAGCUGGUGCAAAUGGUUCAAAACAAUUGGCCUCAAAUAGAAACAUUACACAGCGUGGAAGCUAAAGCUCAAUUUUUAGAAAUAUUAAGCAAAUGGCCGCUGUUCGGGUCCAGCUUCUUUGCGGUCAAACGCAGCGGAGAUCAACAGAUAUUGGCUCUGAACAGAACCGGUGUCCAUUUCCUUCACAUUGUUACCCAUAAAACCUUAUCGACAGUGCCAUUUAGUGAAGUGAUAUCGACUAGAAAAGUGAGAGCUGGCGAAGGUGCCACUCUCUACUUAGAGCUCAAGUGUGGCAACCUGUUCCAGCAACGUGUGGCUAGACUACAAACUGACCAGGCCCAUGAAAUUGCCCGGCUCGUCAGACAAUAUAUAACCAUGCACCGACACAAUGUCGGUGGUCAUUGA